AUUUCAACUUAACUGUCAAAGUUUUAUUUUCAAAGUUGUAAAUUAACCUAAAAAUUUCUAUAUACUAUUGUACCAUUAGUGUAAAUACCUCUAACUGUUAAAUAUUUGUUAUACAGUCCAAACAAUAUGUCGUUUGGUACUGGUUCUACGCCUAAAACGGCCGCUUCCGGUUUUACACUUCCUAGCCAGCCAGCAACAACGGCACCUACACCCGGAUUUCAAUUUAACACUGGUUCCGGAGAUAAUAAAUUACAAAAUAAGCCUGCGACAGGGCUAUUUGCUUCAUCCAGCGUUACAGGAUUAUCGUUAGGCUCGACUGCCCCCAAGACAGUUUCAUCUGCACUAUCCUUCGGAGCACCUGCAGUAUCGACAUCAGCUCCAUCACUAGGAGCUGCAGCAACAAGUACAGCAUUAUCAUCGGCUCCACAACUUAGCUUUGGAGCAAGUACAACCACAUCUACAUCAUUUACGCCUAUAUUAGGAUCAACAGCAGCUUCUAGUUCAACAGGAAUUACACUUGGGACGAGUACUGCAUCAAGCACAGCUCCUGCAAAAUUGUCAUUUGAACCAAAAACAACAGUAACUGCACCAUCUACUUUAACUUCCACAGCUUUACCUACAUUAGCCCCAACAAACGUGACAUCAACGACUUCUUCAAUACCAGCAACAGGUUCUCUAACGUUCGCCCAAUUAGAAGAUUCCAUAAACAAGUGGACAAUCGACUUGGAAGAGCAAGGUAAAUUUUUUAUCAAUCAGGCAAAGCAGCUGAAUGCCUGGGAUACACUAUUGAUAUCGAAUGGCGAAAAAAUAUUGAAUUUAAAUAGUAGCAUUGAAAGAGUAAAGCAACAGCAGCAGCAGCUCGAUCAGGAGUUGGAUUUUGUACUUGCUCAACAAAAGGAGUUGGAGGAAUUAAUAGUGCCAUUAGAAAAAGAAUUAGUUGAGAUACCUGUUACCGAUAUAGACAGAAAUCAAAUGUACCAGUUUUCCGAAAUAAUUGAUUCGCAGCUGAAACAAAUGUCGGAUGAUUUGAAGGAGAUUAUCGAACAUAUAAAUGAAUCUAAUAAGGAUGAAGAAGUUUCGAAUCCAAUUACACAGAUUAGUCGUAUUCUGAAUGCCCAUAUGAAUUCUCUCCAAUGGAUCGACAGAAAUACUGCUCAAAUCAGUGCACAAUUAGAACAGAUAUCUAAAAUGCAGGAUCAGAACAGAAGGAACUUCUCUUUAAACCAGUCUUUAAAUCAUUCAAUGAAUAUGUAGAUAGUAGUGUUUUUUCUUUUUUUUUUGUAAAUUAAAGUGUUUUUACGUAAUAAUAAGUAUUCUGUAUUUCAAGAUAAGUGUGAAAUAUAAUUAUUUUGAAAU